UACAUUUUUUUUUUUUAGCUCGUUCCGUAUUUCGUCGUGGCAAAAAUCAAAAUUUAAGUAAAUAAUAAUUGCUUAAAAUACGGGCACAGUCUUAAAUUUAGUAUAUACGUGUAGUCGCGAUUGUUUUCGGAUUUUUUUUAACGCGUUUUUUUGUUUAGAAAGCUUUUUUUUCGUUUUUGGUUUUGUAAUUUUAAAGUUAAGUGCAAAAUUUGACAUGCUGCCAUUGCAAAAGCUAAUGCCAGUUAGCUCGUGGAUAAGUCGCGCAUAUAAGGCCACAUUACUGGCACCAACUCGUUCCUAUAGCAAACACGAUGACGGUCGCUCAAAGGUGUUGACGAAAAUCUCGGCAGCUGCACAGCUGGCGUCCCAGAGCGUAGAGAGCGAGACGACAAUGCUGGAGGCACCGGAACCAGUGCAGCGUAUGGUCGAGUUGGAGAACAUACGUUCGAAAAUUAACGAAUUGGAUCAACGUAAGAUACGGCACAAGGAAUAUGCAAAGAUGAUAAAGCAGUUAAUUGUGAAGCCGCAAACUUAUGCGCCAGAGCUAAAGUUGCCGUUCAAGCAGCCAAACUUUGGGCUAAGUCAAUGCCAAUCGCUGCGCAAAUGUUCGAAUGUUGAGGAAGUGCUGCAGCUAACCAAAUGCCCACAGCAGUUGGCCAAUGAGCUGGUUAAGCUUGCCGAGGAAUUGGCCAGCGAGAAGCGACGCAACGAGUUGGUCAUAAGCAACUAUUGGGAGCUUAAGCAGCAAGUGCAUUUGGAUGGCGCCAAGGAUGCUAAGCACUAAGCUGACCAACCCAACCACCCAGCCACCCACCCACCGGACUGUUCACAUGCUAAUCCUAGCCUUUCAUUUUUAGUAGCACCUAUGGCAAUAGAUUUUAGGCUUAUAUUUCGGCCUGCUCAAGAAAUAAAUUCUAAAUAAUUUUUAAUGCUUAAACUCAAAA